GCCCCUCACGCGGUGCAUGCUGGAUGAAGCGGAAGUAGCGGUGCACGUUGACAUUGCGCAGCGUCCCGUACUUACAAAAGAGACACUGGAAGUGCCCUCAUCACUUCAGGACUGGUGGUCAUCAUGGGUGCAUCCGUAUCCAGUCUAGCUCCCACUGUUGGAGCAGAGUCUGUGAUUUCCGCUCCUCAUUUUGCUGGUGCGUCUCCUCCCCCCGGGUGUCCCAUGCAUCAGGAGCCUCCCAAAAGCUCUCCGCCUCCUGAGUGCCCGAUGCAUCAGGCUCAGACGCCGCCAGCCGCUCCUGUGCAUCAGGAAAGAGCUUACGAGUUUGUUGAAUGUCCCAUGAGGGCCAAAGAAGGAGCCAUUGAUCCGACAAAUAUGAUGCCUCCUCCAAACCAAGUGCCCGCUCCAGACCAGCCGUUCGCAUUGUCUGUGAAACGAGAGGAGUCUAAAAUCCCUCGAUCAGGCACCGAGCAGAACUGGGUCUAUCCAUCUGAACAGAUGUUCUGGAAUGCCAUGCUGAGGAAAGGGUGGCGCUGGAAGGAUGACAGCCUCGCCCCUGAAGACAUGUCUAAUAUAAUCCAGAUCCACAACCGUAACAAUGAUCAAGCCUGGCAGGAAAUCCUGAAAUGGGAAGCUCUACAUGCUAGCGAAUGUCCAUGUGGUCCAUCCCUGAAGAGAUUUGGAGGAAAAGCCAAAGAGUUUUCGCCCCGAGCCAGAAUACGUCACUGGAUGGGAUAUGAAUUGCCAUUCGACCGUCACGACUGGAUUGUAGAUCGAUGUGGAAAAGAAGUUCGCUAUGUUAUUGACUACUAUGAUGGAGACAUUGAUAAAGACUCGUACCAAUUCUCCAUCCUGGAUGUGCGUCCUGCUUUCGACUCUAUGCAGGCCGUUUGGGAUCGGAUGAAGGUGGCCUGGUGGCGCUGGACAUCAUAGAAUCUGUUUUUAACAUUUCUGCAUCACUAUAAGACUGUUCAUUAUCAAUAUACUACAAUCUGUGUGCUACAAGGUUGUCGCUCAAUUUUGGUUGAGUUCUGACUGUAAUAAAUCUUGCAAAUUGUUGCACAUUGAGUUACUUCUAGGCUGUGAAUGAUCUCGGUUAGAGAGUCAAUCAGUGUUUUCUUUUUUUUCUUCCUGAAUUUAUCAACAAGCUUUAUUUUUCUGCUUGAGUGAAGAUUAUCUAAUUGGAAAACUCCCCUAUCUGAUCUUACUCAGAGGUCAAACAUAUCUGCUGGUUGUUGUUUUUUCAGGCUGAUUAUUGAGUGUUUUAGUUCAUGCGGAGAGGAAUUGGCAGCUGUUCAGUGAAACGGUUUGGUGGUUAUUAAUGAUGAAUGUAAUUGAUUUGAUGAACCAUGUGUGGUUUUUAUUAGUAUUUUUUUGCUUAAAAGCUUUUUUCAGUUUCUCAUCUCUUCCAUAUUCAUCAGCUUCACAAUUAUUUUCUCCCAUGGUUAGGGAUUAUUUAUUGUACACAAGCUAUUAGCAUAGUGUUUAUGCUAGCUUUUUCAGACAGCACUUUUUGAGUGAGAGAGAAAUAUUUCCCCCAUUGUUGUCUGUUAAUUAAAUACAGUUUGUGACUCCAUUUGUGUAUAUUGUGAACUACACCCUUUCAACAAAUAAAGCAACUGAUAAAGUUUAGGUUUUUCACAAUUAAA